AUGAGGUUAUUCGGAAUUGAGCUACUCGACCUCCCGACAGGAGGAGAAGAAGAACACAGAGAUUCUCCAAUGACAGGGCUGUGUGGGAAUCUUGAUGACAGACCAAUGAGGAGCAAGAGAAGGUUCCAGUGUCAGUACUGUUUGAAGGAGUUCACGAACUCACAGGCACUGGGAGGUCACCAGAACGCCCACAAGAAGGAGAGGUUGAAGAAGAAGAUGCUCCAAAUACAAGCACAAAACUCCAGCCUUUGUCAUUACCUUCAAAACUAUUAUAAUUCCCAUUUUGCCCCUGAAUCUGAUGGGCGCCACAUCAGCUUUGGCUUCAGCUUCCGUCGUGCCGCCCACACCAAACCUAUUCUGGUAAAUUUCAUGUCUGCCCAUUCUUGUAAUUUCAACCAAACCCCUUAA